GUUCCGCCCGGGAUUCCGCGCCCCCAGAGUUCUGCCCUCAGCUUCCUGUCGAAAAGCCUGCAGAAGUAGCUAUGAGUUUGGGGUUAGUGGACUGUCACUGCCAUCUCUCUGCCUCGGACUUUGACAGUGAUCUGGAUGAUGUGUUGGAGAAAGCCAGGAAGGCUAAUGUCAUGGCCCUUGUGGCAGUUGCUGAACAUGCAGGAGAAUUUGAAAGAAUCAUGCAGCUUUCAGAAAGGUAUAAUGGAUUCAUCCUGCCGUGUCUGGGGGUUCACCCAGUUCAAGAACUUUCACCAGAAAAACCAAGAAGUGUGACAUUAAAGGAUUUGGAUGUAGCUUUGCCUAUUAUUGAGAGUUACAAGGAUCGGUUGUUGGCGAUUGGAGAGGUGGGGCUAGACUUCUCCCCCAGGUAUGCAGGCACUGAUGAGGAGAAGGAAGAACAAAGACAAGUCCUGAUCAAACAAGUUCAACUGGCCAAAAGACUAAAUGUGCCUCUAAAUGUGCACUCACGUUCAGCUGGAAGACCCACCAUCAACCUCUUACGUGAACAAGGUGCAGAGCAGGUUCUGCUGCAUGCAUUUGAUGGCCGGCCAUCUGUAGCCCUGGAAGGAGUAAGGGCUGGUUAUUACUUCUCGAUCCCCCCAUCCAUCAUACGAAGUGGACAGCAGAAGCUUGUGAAACAGCUGCCUCUGAGUUCUAUCUGCUUAGAAACGGAUUCACCUGCGCUAGGACCAGAAAAGCUGACACGGAAUGAACCCUGCAACAUUUCCAUCGCAGCAGAGUUCAUUGCCCAAGUGAAAGGGAUCUCAGUAGACGAGGUCCGAGAAGUGACGACACAGAAUGCAUUCAAACUGUUUCCCAAGCUCCAGAACCUGCUCCAGAAAUAGCUUCAGAAUCAACCCCUGCAAGCCAAGUCAGCCCAGGGCAGCACUGGGGAAAACAAGGGUUCACUUUAGUGGUCUGAAAGGAAGAAGCCAUUUUAUAUGGCUAGCAGUCACAGUUUUACAGAAAUGUUCCUCUUAUAAACAAAUGCGGGCUGAAGAGACGGCUCAGCCGUUAAGAGCACUCAGUUGCUGCUCUUCCAAAGGACUCACGUUCAAUUCCCAGCAGCCACAUUGGAUGGUUCACAACUGCCUGUAAUUCCUCCAGCUUCAGAAGAUUCACCACUGGGCUUCUCUGGCACACAUGUGGCAUAUCUCUACACAGACACACUUAACAUAAAUAAAAAUAAUGAUUUCUAAAA